AUGUGUAUAGAUUACCGGUUCGAGAAUGGUUUGCUGAAACGCUCGUGCUAUCCGUUACCUCUGAUCGACGAUUUUCUAAUUGGUUUCGAAGAAUUGAUGUGGUUCGUGAGCCUUGACAUGACCAGUAGUUUCUGGGCCACAUCUGUGUGUCCGUUCAGACAAUUUCAGUGGGUACGAUUGCCUUUCGGACUGAAACGCUCCGCCCAUCUACGAAUCUGUGAUCAACAACUGCUUAUAGGUGAGAUUGCCGAGCGGAAUGUCCCCAUCCUGACGAAGACGAUGACAGUUUUCAAACGGUAUAUUCCAGCGCCACCACAGAUGGGUCCUGUUCUCGGAAGGAGCUCCUACAUCGAUGACAUCGCUCAUGGUGCCGCGACUUGGGAUCAUCUCUGUGAUGACCUGAAUGAAUUGCUCUACCGAUUGCGUUACUGGAAUAUUUCAGUAAUUCUUCGGAAGAGCGAAUUUGGAAAGUUAGUCAUCCCGUACCUUUCUCACGAAAUCAGCGCCGAAGGGAUACGUGCCGAUCCGAAAAUUGUGAAUGGAGUUCAAGCCUUACCUUUUCCGGCGACUCUGAAAGGAGUGUUUUUGAACUACUAUCAUAAUUGCUUUGAAGAUUUGCCAGUGAUAGCUGCACCACUGUAUGAACUCACGGAAGAGUGGAUCCGUUCCGGACGAGACCUUCUCCGGGCGAAAGAAGCUUUUGAAAUCUUGAAACUGAAGAUCGUUUCGACCCCUCGGCCAUUUGUGAUUAUUCCGCAUCCCAACCAAUGGGCAGCUUUCGCUGUCUUAGGACAAGUGUAUGACGGAACAAUUCUUCCAGUGAGGUUCACAGGACGAGUAUUGAACUAUUCGGAAUUACGAUAUCAUAGUGCUAAGAAAGAUGUGAUCCCGAUUUUCCGAGUACUCCAAGAUUUCCGAACGAUGUUGGAAGGAUGUCUAUAUAUACACCAGGUACUCCGUUCUAAAAUGGGUCCUCACUUCGAAAACCGCCCAAGGACGAUGCGUACCCUAAAAGUACAACGGGACAAGGAUGGUUUACCCGCCAUCAUGGGAGCUGGUAUAACUCCGAGAGAACAUCUGGACAAGGUGGCUGAAUCGCUCAUCCUCACAAAAGCGCAUACGAGAGCACAUCCAGUAGUUAGUAUGGCUAUGCUUGGGAGUGACUAUGCUGGCAUUGUUAUCCGUUUCGAUAGAGCAGCCAAGACUCCGACUAAGAAAGGCAGUUGCGGUUGCAUCCUUUGGAAACUUCCGGAAUGGAGAGUCAUCCAAGCUCGAUGUUUCACUCUGAAAGAUGUCACAGUGAAUAAUGCUGAGUACCAAGGACUCCGAAAUGGAUUGGUGAUGAGUUCCGAACGGAACGUCGAAGACUUAGUUGUUGUGAGAGAUUCUCGAAUCGUCAUACAACAAGUGCAAGGUUUGAUCAAUUGUCAUCAACCAAACCUGCUACAUCGGUUAACAGAGUGUCAAACUCUGAAAGAAAAGUUCCGAACGGUAAGGCUGGUUCACGUCAAAAGGGAGUAUAACCAAUCUGCGGACUACCUCACCUCCAAGACAUUGAGAUAA